AUGGAAGGCGCUGUGUCAAGGUUGGGUGAAUCGAAAGACAUAGCAUUUCGACGUCUGCAAGGAACCGAGAGAAGGUUGGCAAAGAACUCAUCACUUCGAGAACAGUACGUCGCCUUUAUGGAAGAGUAUCUCAAUCUCGGACAUAUGAAGAUGCUGGAAGAAGAUUCCCAAGGUUCGAUUCAAAGGUGCUAUUUGCCGCAUCACCCUGUGGUGAAAGAAGCUUCAACCACAACCAAGGUUCGGGUUGUUUUCGAUGCCUCCUGUAAAACGUCUACAGGAGUUUCGCUUAACGAUGUACUACUGGUGGGGCCAAUAGUACAGGAAGAUCUCCGGUCCAUAAUUCUUCGGUGUCGGACCAAGCAGAUCAUGUUAGUAUCGGAUGUGGAGAAAAUGUUUCGCCAAGUCGUUGUUCGAUCCGAAGACCGCCAUCUACAGUGCAUCCUCUGGAGAAAUUCGCCAUCGGAAAAUGUACGUACGUAUGAGCUGAAUACGGUUACGUACGGCACAAAGCCCGCGCCGUUUUUUGGCCACCAGGACGCUGCAACAACUCGCUGUGGAUGA